CGUUUCCUUUACGCAAGCUGUGUAGUAAACUGUAUGAAGCAUAUAGCUAGCUAAACAGGCACCAAAGAAACUGAUCAGUGUGGUUUACGAAAGGGGUCUUCUCUGAGGUUUCAUCCAAGGUUUGGUUUACGAGCAGUUUGCCAGGGGCUUGGGACUGACACGGAAGAAGAGAUGUUUGUAUUUCAAUACGAAAGAAGAUUCAAACGGAAUUACCGACAACACCGGUUCCUCUUUGUUAUUUAGCUAACAUUAACUAGCACGCAGCUAACAAACGUAGCUAGUUGGAAUACUUCGUAGCUGCUGCUAACAAGCUAACUUCACCGAUGGAGUUCCUUUCUGUCUUUUUGAGUAUACGCUUGAUUAAAGACUGGGAUAGCACACUAGUGGAUAACAUAAGUGGAGCUUCGAGUGUGAUUCAAAGUAUAUGGACAUAGCUAGCUAGCUACCAAGCUUAAAGCUAGCUACACGUCUACACAGCUGUCAGUAGUGGCAAAUGCCUGCCCUGGGUCAACAAUCACCCACUACCUGGCACUGCAUUGGUGGAUUGUUAGGCUAACUAAAUAAUGAUCCUGAUUGGCCAAGGAUAAUCGGCUUUGUCAUUGUUUACAUCACAACUAACCUGAUUUAGUUUUAAUCUGUUAGCCAGUCUGGCUGUAUAAGUUUGUGACAAGUUGUUGUCAUUUACCUAUUCAGACAACUAAUCCAGUUAACUGUAGUGUGGCGAGAUAGUUGUCAACUCCGAACUCUUGAUGCGUUCUGGAGGGCAUUGCACGUAGUUUUCAGAGGAAGAACUCAGUUGUACGAUGUGAUCUUUCCGGAGUGUAACUGAGAGCACAGGAACACCCUCUUGUGACCUGUCAAAGAUCAAAUGGAAGCAAAGCUGUUUUGCUGGCCAGAAAGUUCUCCUGUCAUUGCCGGGAUGCUGAGAGCCCUACUACUCACAAGCCUUCUUAGUUGGGCCGAUGGCCAUGAAGGUCAGGUCAUGUUACCAGAAGAAAAGACCAAAAUCAGGGACCAGAUCGUUGAGAUGUUCGAUCAUGCCUAUGGCAGCUAUAUGAAAUAUGCGUACCCAGCGGAUGAGCUGAUGCCCCUGAGCUGCAAGGGGAGGGUGCGAGGCCUGGAGCCGAAUAGGGGUGACAUUGAUGAUUCUCUGGGAAAGUUCUCCCUCACACUGAUCGACACCUUAGAUACUCUAGUGGUUUUAAACAAGUUGGAAGAGUUUGAAGCUGCCGUGCGGAGGACUGUGAGGGAUGUCAGGCUGGACAAUGAUGUGGUGGUGUCUGUGUUUGAGACCAACAUCCGAGUCCUGGGUGGCCUGCUGGGGGCGCAUGUGAUGGCGGAUAUGCUCCGUCAGCAGGGGGAGUGGAUGCAGUGGUACACCGAUGAGCUGCUCCACAUGGCCAAGGAGCUCGGCCACAGACUGCUGCCUGCCUUCAACACCACCAGUGGCCUUCCUUACCCCAGGGUAAAUCUGAGGUACGGGGUCCUUAACCCUCUGUCACGGACUGGCACUGAGUCAGACACCUGUACCGCCUGUGCCGGGACCAUGAUUCUGGAGUUUGCUGCUCUCAGUCGGUUGUCCGGGGAAUCUGUGUUUGAGGAGCAUGCUAGGAAAGCACUAGACGUUCUGUGGGAGAAGAGACAGAGGGGAAGCGACCUUGUGGGCACUGUCAUCAAUAUCCACAAUGGAGACUGGGUCCGGAGAGAUAGUGGCGUGGGUGCUGGCAUUGACUCAUACUAUGAGUACCUGAUGAAGGCUUACAUCCUCCUGGGAGACAACGUUUAUCUGGAGAGGUUCAACACUCACUACAGUGCCAUUAUGAAGUACAUCAGCCAGCCUCCGCUGUUGCUCAAUGUCCACAUGCACAACCCCACGGUUAGCGUCCGCAGCUGGAUGGACUCGCUACUCGCCUUCUUCCCUGGCCUGCAGGUUCUGAGAGGGGACCUUAAACCAGCCAUAGAGACCCAUGAGAUGCUUUACCAAGUCACCAAGCAGCAUAAGUUUCUCCCGGAGGCUUUCACCACAGAGUUCAGAGUUCACUGGGGUCAACACCCUCUCAGGCCCGAGUUUGCAGAAAGCACAUACUACCUCUACAAGGCCACCGGUGACCCCUACUACCUCAGGGUGGGCCAGUCCAUCGUGGAGAAGCUCAACGCCCAUGCCAGGGUGCCUUGUGGCUUUGCAGCCGUGCAGGAUGUCCGCACAGGGACCCACGAAGACAGGAUGGACUCGUUCUUCCUAGCCGAGAUGUUUAAGUACCUGUAUCUUCUGUUCUCUGAGAGGAACCAGCUUCAUUUUGACAUCGAUGACUACAUCUUCACCACUGAGGCCCAUCUGUUGCCUGUCUCCCUGUCCACAUCACAGCCCCGCUGUCAAAGCAACGACACGGAAGUGCAUACUGUCGUGGAGGAAGACCAGUUCACUUACUCAUGCCCCAGCACCCAGACCCUGUUCCCCAACAACCCCUCCUUUGCCAAGACCAUCAGGGACAGCUACAAGUACCUGACUGGGGUGGGCCGGGCCUUCCAUGCUUCGCCUGUCAGGGGUAUUAAGCUGCCACUUCACGACCACAGUAUGGAGCCGGUGGAGUUUCUGAGGAGUAUGGGCAUCUCCCUCACCCCCCUGAACGAGGCAGCCCUCGGGUCCUCGGGAGCCCGCGGGGAGGCAAAUAAAGGUGUUUACAUGGUGAAACUGGUGGCAGAGGUGACCCAGAACUCUGCCGAGGAAGAGGUGGUGCCCCUCAUCGUUCAGCUGAUAUCCCCCCCGUUUCUCGGUAGAACGGUCCUGACUGCAGGACCAGCCAAGUUUGGAAUGGACCUUACCAAGCAGGAGCACGGGGUGAAGGGCAGCAUUGUGAAGAGCUCUCCCUACACAGCAUGUGGACACAUAGAGAAUGCUGAGGAGCUGGGGGGACACAUUGCCCUGGCCCUGAGGGGAGACUGCAUGUUCGCUGCCAAGGCCCGCAGGCUGCAGGAGGCUGGGGCUAUCGGAGUCAUCUUCAUAGACAACCGAGAAGGGAGUAACAGUGCAGAGACGCCCCUGUUCCAGAUGGUUGGGGACGGAGGCUCCACGGCCGACAUCGCCAUCCCCCUGGUUUUCCUGUUCAGCCAGGAGGGGGCGCUGCUCACCUCUGCGCUGGAGGAUCACCAAAACGUGGAUGUGCUGAUGCUGCCCAAUGAAAAACGGCUAGGCAAGAUGGCAGACAAAGCAGAGACACCCCUGGGGACGAUGAACAUUAAGUUCCGUCUAGCGGAGGAGGGGGAACUGGAGGAAGAGGAGGGCAUAGGCCCAACCCUGCAGUUUGUCCUGAAGAAGGAUGAGUUGAUGUUGGAGGAAGAGGAGUGCCGACAGAAGGCAGACAACUGCCUAACCCCGGAUGGCCGUCAUGCACCCCACUCCGACAGCCCCCGUGACCCCUGUCCAGACCCCUGAAACUCCUCAACCCCUGCCACCGAUCACAGGGCCGGGGCUCCCCAGCACUCAUCCCUGUUCAGUGUCUAGAGGCAUGAUGCUGAGCCAGAGGUCCCACACUGCCCUGCCGCCCCCUCUACACACAGCUGACUGGACAGGAGCUUUAAUAGUUUAACUGCCACUCCACUUGUAAAGCCUGAGGAUCGGCUCAUAGUUAAUGGAUAUUGGGACUGCAGUAUGUGUUCGUGUACUGGAAGGGAUGGGCACAGGGCAUGGAAGUCUAUCUGUGGUGUUGUGGUGAUUUAGUCUGAGGAUUGUAGGAGAAAAUGAAUGUGCACAUUUAGGGGGAAUGGUUAAAGUAAUUUGAGGCGAUGUACAGGGCCUUGUUUGUUUUUGUACUGUGGGCUACCAUGUGUUGAGCUGCUGCAAUAAUAACAUUAUCUGGUCAACUCAGUGAUGUUAGUUCAUUUUCACCAGAGUGGCUAGUAGUGCUGUUUGAAGAGGAAUAGGAGAGGAAUUGGCUCUGUUGACCAAAGGCAGGUGUUACCACUCACAAGUACCUUAAACUAUAAUGCUCUCAGACAAAGGACAAGGGGCCAGUUUGGGUAAUCCAAUGAGUUCAGUGUUAUUUCUAUAGUACUGGUAAAUCAGGGAAAUGUAAGAGUGUAACAGACUUGAAUGCUUCCGUUUGUAUAUGUGUAGGUGUGAUUGUUGGUACAUACCAUAUCAAGACCUAGUAUUGACCUUAGUCAUGCAAAUUAAAUUUUUUAAUUGUCA